AUGGCAGCACAAACAGAGAACAGCACGUACAUGACGCCUAGCACAGCGCCAAAACUCGGAGGCAUGGGUGGACCUGUGAAGCCCACACUACUAGCCUUCCAUGGUUCAGGAAGCAACGCGACCGUACACACGAUUCAAUUAGCAAGACUGAUGAGGGUGAUCAAAGACCAUUUCGAAGUCGAGAGUCUGGAAGCGCCAUUCCCCUCCCAACCCGGCCCAGGCAUCCUCCCCUUCUUCGAAGGCUGCGGGCCCUUCAAACGCUGGAUGCAAUCCAGCGUCACCAUCUCCGACAUGAAAGCCGGCAACUCCACCACCGCCAUGCCCUCGGAAGUCGAAGACCUCGUCCGCAGCACCGUUGAGCGCAUCACCUCCACCGGCGGCAAAGUCGUCGGUCUGAUCGGCUUCUCCCAAGGCACCAAAGUUGUAGCCGGGCUGCUCAAAGGCUGCGAAAUCCGACGCGCACUCGCUGAAAAGGGGGGCGAUGUAUCGCGGCUUGCGUAUCUGGACUUUGAGUUUGGCCUUAGUGUUUGUGGAUCUUAUCCGCCGCCGCUGAUACCGCCUUCUGCGUCUGCGGCGCUUGAUGCAGCGGUCUCGUCGUUUGGGAUGAGUGUGGAAGAGCGCAAGGAGUUGAUGGAGGGGAAGAUCAAGUUGCCGGCUUUUCAUGUUCAGGGUCUGCAGGAUGAGUGGAACUGGGCGGGUCAGGGACUGAUUGAUGGGUGGUAUGAGGUUGGUGAGGGUAAGAGUGUGGUAAGGCAUUGGGAGCAGGGUCAUCUUUAUCCUGUGCAGCCGGAAGAGAGCCAGGAGAUUGGGGAGUGGAUGUUUGGGGUGCUGGGCCGUGGAGAUGGGAAGGUGGGUGGUGAGGCGCGGUGA